AUGUUGGGGAGCGGGGCAGACGUUCUAGUCGUCAUGACCGUUGGAGAAGUCAGGAACGUCAAGGCAGCCGGAACAGUCAAGACAGCUGGGACAGACGAGACUACCGGGAUCGUCGAGACUGCCGGGACAGACGAGGCAGUCGGGACAGACGAGACAACUGGGAUGGUCGAUACUACCGGGAUGGUCGACACUACCGGGGCCAUCGAGACUACCGUGACAGACGAGGCAGUCGGGACGGACGAGACAACUGGGACGGUCGACACUACCGGGACCAUCGAGACUAUCGAGACAGGCGAGGAAGUCGGAACCGACGAGACAACUGGGACGGUCGAGAGAGCCAGGACCGUCGAGAUACAUCACGACAGUCUGGGCAUAACUCGUCGCCCGACACAGGUCGACUGCAUCGUCGCCAAUCCAGCGUCACUCGGUCCCUGA